CGCGAAUUCAACAGGUACGUAACACCUAGUAUGUUUACUAGUGAUGUUUCCGAUCCUUACGAAAUCUUAAAACGCUCGAUUCUUAAACGAGGAGACCUAACCGAUCGACAAAGGUUAGAUCAACUCUUCAACAAUAUCGACCUGCAACACGGUUCUGCGACGGACAUGUUGCAACGGAUGAGAGAGGUAAUAGGCCCAAGAACUUUCGACGAAGGCCUAUUCAAACAACUCUUCUUGUCAAAACUUCCCCAACAGGUGCAAGCAGUUCUGGUCUCGUUCCAGAACAACGCCUUAGACGAACUAGCUGCAUCUGCCGACCGCAUUCUAGAAAUUACGAAAUCUACUACCGAGGUAUUUUCAGUCAAAGAAAAACCUCAAACGACUCAGAAUGAUAUAAACGACUUAUGUCACACAGUCACGCGUUAUCUUAGUCUUCGUACCGACCGUAAGAGAUCGCGCACACCACGUAGAAGCAUUUCUCGUAAGCGAUCUGUGUCUAGACCACGAGAGACAGAUAACCCCGACUGGUGCUGGUAUCAUAACCAGUAUGGAAAGUUUUCCAGAAAUUGCAGAAAACCCUGCAAUUUUCCCAACACGAAACCGACUGAUUCGAAAAGCAAUUCGGGAAACUUCCAAGCCGGCACGCGUUAACGGCAACCGUAGCCGGCGAACAUAGCCGUCUGUUAUUCGUCACAGAUGUGACAACGAGAGUUCGCUACCUCGUCGACACUGGCGCAGAAGUUAGCGUUCUCCCAGCAAAUCCUAACGACCGGCUUCAGGA